CUUCCGGCGGCCACACCCCAACGCCGAGUGUCUCCAUUUUGGCCGCGCAGGUGGAGACUCGACGAGAGCUCGCGGAGUAGCGGAGCGGAGUCAGCAGAACUGUGAGGGUCGAAUCGGCUCACCGCACAUUCUCCCUUCCUUCGUCCGCCCGCAGAAGCCGGGGGCUCUCAUGGCGGGCUUGGAGGUACUGUUCGCGUCGGCGGCGCCGGCCAUCACCUGCGCGCAGGACGCGCUCGUCUGCUUCCUGCACUGGGAGGUGGUCACGCAUGGCUACUACGGCGUGGGUGCCGGCGACCAGCCGGGUCCCAAUGAUAAGAAAUCAGAACUGCUGCCAGCGGAAUGGAACAACAAUAAAGACCUGUAUGUCCUCCGGUAUGAGUCAAAGGAUGGGUCCAGAAAGCUCCUUGUGAAGGCUGUCACUGUGGAGAACAGCAUGAUCAUCAAUGUGCUGGAACAUGGCUCACAGCAAGUGUCAGACUUGACCCUGAACUUGAAUGAUUAUAUCGAUUCAGAACACCUGGUUGACUUCCACAGGGUCUACAAGAAGAGUGAGGAACUUCGGUCUCGUCUUGUGUCUGGGAUCAUCACACCUAUCCAUGAGCAUUGGGUCAAGGCUAGCGUAAGUCCCCACCGGGAGUUUCCCCCUGCCACUGCCAGAGAGGUGGACCCACUCCGGAUUCACCCACACCACCCACAUACCAGCCGGCAGCCUCCCUGGUGUGAUCCCCUGGGCCCGUUUGCUGUUGGGGGAGAGGACCUAGACCCCUUUGGGUGUCGGAGAGGUGGCAUGAUCGUGGAUCCCCUGAGAUCCGGCUUCCCAAGAGCACUUAUUGACCCAUCAUCGGGCCUCCCAAACCGGCUUCCUCCAGGCGCUGUGCCCCCGGGAGCACGCUUUGACCCCUUUGGACCCAUUGGGACCAGCCCAUCUGGACCUAACCCAGACCAUCUCCCCCCGCCGGGCUACGAUGACAUGUACCUGUGAAGGCCUCAAGAAUGUAACAUCCCAGCCUUCCCUCUACUCUCCUGGAGCUGCCACUGCUGGCCGCAUCAGCAACCGUUUUCUUGCGGGCUGGGGGCAAGGGACUCUGCCCAUGUGUUUGCAGGCCAGCUGGGAUUGCCUCCCCACCCCCUACCAGGGCCAAGGUACCUGCUGCAGCUGUCCACCUGGCUGCAUAUAGGUCCCAAAGAGAAAUCAGUGUCUCUCACCACCAGCUCCUCCCCACUUCCCAGGGAGACUCCGGCAACGUAUACCCUCGACCCGAUGCAGUCCCAGUUGCAGCACUGUAAGAACAGAACACAUUUUGGAUGUUAUUAUUAAGAACCAAAUGUCAAUACAAAACUCAUGUUGCCAGUC